AUGGCGCCUGAAGUGAUUCAGCCUGUCGCUUACGGAGGAGGAUUGCCAGUAACCAGGAUGCAGAUCGACCCCAAGGAGAAGUUCUACCGCCAUUUCCAGGAUGAAGUCGCCGGCUUGCAAGACCAGAUCGACGGCCUCGGAUCCGUCUCCCAGGUAGGCGGCGAGAGGCAGGAUGCCAUUGACCACAUUCUCGCCGGCAUAUCCGCCCUCUCCCACGAGGUCGCCGACGCCUCGGAUUACGCCGUCAAAGCUCUCACGGACAAGCUAAAUGAAACGACCACCAAACUCGCCCCCCGCUCCCGCUUCCAAUUCAAGUCCCGCGGCAAGGCCGCCGCAACCAGCGACGUCUCCGCGCCCAAGAACGACCCCCGCCUCGUCGUCGGCGCAAGCCUCGCCGAUCCCCUCCCCGCCUCUCGCGGCGGGCCCGUCAUGGCCCCCGAGUCACGCGCCGCCGCCGCCGAGACUGACGACGGCCUCGGCGAGCUGCCGUCCUUCCCGCACAAGAACUACAACGAGGAGAUGGCGCGCCCGAGCACCACCAAGGUCCGCAAGCCGAGCUUCUCCACUGCCAAGGAUAUCGCCAUCUACGGGCAGGACGGGCUGCACAUCAUCCUGCCGUCGUCGGCGUCGCGGGCGACCUCGUCGGGCCGGCUGACGGACCUGCGCGGGUGCAUCGUCGACAUGUCGCUCGCGCUGUCCGGCACGACGUCGUUUGCGAACCUGGCGCUGCGGGAUGUCGAGGGCAGUCUGGUCGUGGCGGGCAACGUGGCGGGGCCGGCGCACAUUACCGGGGUGAAGGACAGUAUCGUGGUGGUGUCGGCGCGGCAGGUGCGGAUUCAUGAGUGCAGGAACGUGGAUAUCUAUCUGCACUGCUCGAGUCAUCCGAUUAUUGAGGAUUGCGAGAAUAUGCGGUUUGCACCGCUGCCGGCGGCUUUUGAUACCCCUGAAGACCCGGUCAAGAACCAGUGGGAUCAGGUUGACGACUUCAAGUGGCUCAAGUCGGAGCCGAGCCCGAACUGGAGCGUGUUGCCGGAGGAAGAGCGACUGGCUGAGGAGAUUUGGACGAAGACGGUGCCGGGAGAGAAAGGCAAGGAUUUGCAUGAUAUACUAAAGGCUGUUGGUAUGCCGAGGCAUUGA